AUGACGGCCCCAACUCCCACUCUGGAGGGGAUGCCGCUGCAAAUCAUCGCACUCAUCGCCGGCCACAGUGACCGGACGGUCACUAUAUGGCGUAUGAUGGCUACCAGUCGGAAGAUACGGGCGGGCGCGGAGCCGGCGCUGAGACCGAUGCUGGUAGAGGAGGAAAUCGUCAUCCGGCCGAUUCCCGACGUCUGGGAUCCCAUGCACCGCUGUAUCGAUGAUCCGGAAGAUCAUGAAUGGCGGGAGCUACUCCGCGUACGCAGCAAGCGCUUCAAGGACCACUAUCGCGCAUACCCACCCUCAGCGGCCCUUCUAUCUCGUCUGAUCGUCGAGGUCAGGGAUGAUCAGGACCAGGCAGGCUGGGAGCAUAUCAGGCGCUUUGCUGGUCAGCUUACCAGCCUUGAUAUCCACUUCCGGGAUCGGCAAUGGGAGGCGCACCUGGAGGAGCGGUACGAGGGCGUCAUCUUGCGGGCCGAACAUAUCCGGAGGACGGCCAACACCAGCGACGUCUGGAAUCGGGUGUUCGACUUUGGCGUACUCCAGCUCCCUCUCGUCACACAUCUGACUCUCGCCUGCUCGGCGAGGAUCACCGACCACUUUGCCCUCCUGGCGAAGUCGACGCCAAACCUCGUGGAUCUCACACUCGCCUGUCACUUCGGGUCAUGGGGGUUCGAAUACACGCCCUUUGACUACGAGUCGCAGGGCAUCUCCAUGCCUCAAACAAUACGUAGGCUAGCCGUACACGGCGAUGAUGACUCGGUCUUCCACACGCUGGCCAACAUCUUACCGCUCGCUCCGGGCAUCACCGCACUGGUCGUUCAUCUCUCCACGGACGUCAUACCGGACGAGCUCGAGCUCAUUCUUGUGACCAUGGCCGCUCACACCCCGCUGGAGAGCCUUGCUCUAUACGGUCAACCAUCUGGGAUCAUCACUGCCGUUCUGCGUCAUGUACAGGACGAAUGGGACGAUCCAAGCGAGGUGACCUUUCCGCACUUAAGAACGCUCGUCCUCGGUCAGCAGUACUACCGAGCUGAGUCGGAGGAUGUCGUUCCCGGGGACCCCCUCCUGAUGCACGAAGACAGCAAUAGGCCCAAUCUACCCGCCCUGGAGCGCCUGUCAUUUGUCGACCGCCAUAUCCACCACCCCCGCUCUUAUUACUCCCCUUCACCCCCGCCACGAUAUGGACCCUUCUACACUUAUCAGCCGGAAGCACUACGCGAUCUAGCUGUCAGAUAUCCAACACUACGGAUGGUGCAGUGGGUCAUGGGUUACCCCGUCGACCCGUUCGACUUUAAUUCACCUUCAAUCGAUCCUGGCGGGCUGCUCAAGUGCCGGGUGACUUGGGCUGAGGGGCAGGAGCCACCUUUACCGCCGGACGUUGAGGAGCAGGACCAUCAGCAUUCGGGAUGUUACGAAGGGGAGGAGUCACCUUGGCUUCUGGUCGGCGGAGAGUAG